AUGGCAGAUAAUGAAUCGGAUAGUGGGGUGAUCUCAGGGAUAAACAGGAGAAUGAUGAAGCUGCUGGUUGCCCUCGCGUUGAUCGCCUACAUAGCCUCUGUCUGGGGAACGUAUACGAACAUGAGAUCGAUACAGGAACUCAGCGAGAUGAAGAUUGAGCAAAGAAUAGAUGAAGCUGUAGCUCCCCUCAGAGAGAAGAUUCAUGACCUUGAGCUUAGUUUUACCCAGAAAUAUCCUCCUGUCAAAUUCCUCUCAGAAAAGGAUCGGAAGAGGAUUUUGAUCACGGGCGGCGCGGGCUUCGUGGGCUCCCACCUCACUGAUAAGCUGAUGAUGGACGGCCACGAGGUGACCGUGGUGGACAACUUCUUCACGGGCAGGAAGAGGAACGUGGAGCACUGGAUCGGCCACGAGAACUUUGAGCUCAUCAACCACGACGUGGUGGAGCCUCUGUACAUCGAAGUGGAUCAGAUCUACCACCUGGCAUCUCCAGCCUCUCCGCCAAACUACAUGUACAACCCCAUCAAGACCUUGAAGACCAACACCAUAGGAACUCUCAACAUGCUUGGGCUGGCGAAGCGCGUGGGAGCGAGGCUCUUGCUGGCCUCCACGUCCGAGGUGUAUGGAGGUAACACCCAGGUCCACCCCCAGAACGAGGAGUACUGGGGGCACGUCAACCCCAUCGGGCCCCGGGCGUGCUACGACGAGGGCAAGCGGGUGGCGGAGACCAUGUGCUACGCCUACAUGAAACAGGAAGGUGUGGAGGUGAGGGUGGCCCGGAUCUUCAACACGUUUGGCUCCAGGAUGCACAUGAACGACGGCCGAGUCGUCAGCAAUUUCAUCCUGCAAGCGCUUCAGGAACCGCUCACGGUGUAUGGUUCAGGACUGCAGACCAGAGCCUUCCAGUAUGUAAGUGACCUGGUGAAUGGCCUGGUGCUCCUGAUGAACAGUAACAUCAGCAGUCCAGUCAACCUGGGAAACCCAGAGGAGCACACCAUCCUGGAGUUUGCCCAGCUAAUCAAGAGCCUUGUGGAACGUGUGUCCACAGUGAGCCACAGUCAGAUCCAGUUCCUUCCUGAGGCCCAGGAUGACCCCCAGAGACGCCGGCCAGACAUCCGCAAAGCUAAGAUGAUGCUGGGUUGGGAGCCCGUGGUACCGUUGGAGGAGGGAUUGAAUAAAACCAUCCAGUACUUCAGCAGAGAGCUGGAGCACCAGGCCAACAACCAGUACAUCCCCAAGCCCAAGGCGGCGCGGAUGAAGAAGGGACGCCCCAGACAUAACUGAGGUCCGACUUCCUACGUGAAGCGACCGCUGGUGUGGACACCGAAACGUCUCUCUUGUAGGACCUCUUUGGGUAGACUUCUCCAUGGACAUGACAUUGUGUUGUGCACUCCUGAAUUGAAUGAAUAAAGAAAGGGUUGUGUUUUCGUGCGUGCAGGUAAGGAACUCUUUCUCAUUCCUGGAAAAAACAAGAGUGAAAAUAGACUUGAAGACGGUGUUUCAACAUGGCCGUUGCUGCACUUGCUGAGUGAAGGACUUCCUCCAGGGAGUAUCAGGGGCAGGUUGGACAUGGCUACAGGGGCUAUGAGAGAAAGGAGGACGUUGAAUAGACGAGGACUAGCCAUUCGUUCAAAAUUUGCCAUUUUCUUUUUUAAAUUUAUGUUUUUGGAUGGCGUUUUUUGAUUGCUAUUUAAAUUAAGCUUUUGCUGAAGUAAGAGAGGUGGAGUAGUGUUUACGCUUGCAGGGUGUUUGUGUUUCGUGUUUUUGUUCUUAUUUAAAUGUCUCCCCCCGGGAUGGACUGGCUGAUAGUGGCUUCAAUGAAUCGCCCUGUGGAUUUACUGGUCUGCUGUCGUUCAAUGGGGGCGGCCCCAUCUGUUCCUCUGUGGAUAUCGUAAAGCUUGCUGUACCGCGCUGGUUCCGUCUCACUUCUGCUACAGAACACAGCGCAGGGACUGGGCUGUUUCCGAACCAUCUUCUGUUUCAAUGCUUCCUUCUUCUACUUUGUGAAAGCUCUGUGGAUAUGUGAAUCGUGUACUAUCUUUUCAGGUGGAGAUGCUAUUUUAAUAAACAUUUUCAAUAUUUGUUUUGGCUUUUUCAAUGUGAGGUUGUUGCUAUCUGACAUUCAAUUUGCAAUGCGUAGUCUGACUCAUGCCUAAGCCUAACAUUUUGCCUGUUAUUGCCGUUAUGCAAAAAUAUUCUGAUGGGACUGAUAACAUUUUCCCUAUCGUUGCUACUGUGAUUUUAUAAAGUCAUUGGCGAUUCAUAUUUCAGCAGAAACUAAGCAGGGAAAUUAGAUCCUCAUAACUAUAUGAAUGUGCCUAGUAUUUUUGAGGCCAAUUAAUCCACGCUGGUGAUUGAAAAUUGAUGUUUUAUUUACAUGCAUUUAAUCAGCACUGACGUCAUAACUUUUGUAUAAGAUCAGGUGAUAUGUUUAGUUGAACAAUCAAUUAAACUGAAUGUAGCCUACACAAUAAUAGGAGAUAAUACGUAAAGGUUAAUGUUUUAAUGAGACUACGGGUAAGAAAAUGGGAACGGCUACUAAUCAAGACACCGUCCUCUGUUUCCGGGAGAUGGUCUUCUUUGCGUGUGCGUGUUUUAGUAGUAGUCGUAGUUUACAUUGGCGCCGUGUCUAUAAUUGCCCGGGUCGCCGUUGGCAUGCGGGGAGUUCUCAUCGUGAUGGUGCUGACGACCUUGAUCCGUUGCUCGUGACUGGUCCAACCAGUACGCCAAGUC